AUGGCUCGUACCAAGCAGACCGCUCGUAAAUCCACCGGCGGUAAGGCUCCGCGGAAGCAGCUCGCGACCAAAGCGGCGCGUAAGAGUGCGCCCGCCACCGGCGGCGUGAAGAAGCCCCACCGUUACAGGCCCGGCACCGUCGCUCUCCGCGAGAUCCGUCGCUACCAGAAGAGCACCGAGCUUCUCAUCCGCAAGCUGCCGUUCCAGCGUCUCGUCAGAGAGAUCGCGCAGGACUUCAAGACCGACCUCCGGUUCCAGAGCUCCGCAGUGAUGGCCCUCCAGGAGGCGAGCGAGGCGUAUCUCGUCGGUCUCUUCGAGGACACCAACCUGUGCGCUAUACACGCGAAACGCGUCACCAUCAUGCCGAAGGAUAUCCAAUUGGCGCGCCGAAUCCGCGGCGAACGCGCCUAA